AUGGCGUCAUUUGCUCUGAUACUUUACGUGCUACCCUCACUUGCACUUCCACCCCUUUUUGAACAGUCACGUGCUCUUCUUGGGCUGCUAUCGGACAUCCCCACAACUCCGCUGGAUGCGAAUGGAAGCGGUUGGACCUGGGUCAGAUCUGAUCCUGUCCGUCUGAGUUUCUUCAUCACGGCCGUUCUCACCGUGGCAAUUGCUCUGGGCUACCUCGUCUACCAUCUCACCACAAAAUACAUCCGUAAGCAGCACAUUCGUGAUUAUCAUUCUCUGUUUCUGGGUCACGGACGCACGGGUUCGAGAUUAUCACAACGGUGUCCUGAUGCCGGAAGUUCACCAGUUAUUCAUAUUCAAUCACCAGCGAACGGCCUCACCAACGGCCGGGUGCCAAACCAAAGAAACAACGAUCAACCUGUCUAUCAUCACAGUCAGAACAACCUGCUAUCCAACGCGUCACCUACAGCAGAUCUUUCUUUACAGCAAAUGCGGCAGGAACCCUACUUGAGCUCCGAGUCCAGCGCUUAUUCUAACAAAAAAGUGUAA